AUGAAUCAUAGAGAAGGAUGGACUUAUUAUGAAAAAACUUCACAAGUUUUAUACAUUUUAUGCACUUUUCUUUAUUUAAUGUUUAAAGGGCGCAUACAAUCGCUUAAUUUUACAACUUCCAGAUUCUCGAGUGUAAUUUUCCGUGGUUAUAGUUCAUACAGGAAAAUCCAGUUCAGAUACAAGACUACUAGUUUAGAAUUAGUAAGGUUGCAACAUACAAGAAAAAUGUCUACCGAAAAUAUCACUAGCCAGUUGCAAAAAUUAUCCGUUAAAGAGCCCAAAGUUAUGGAGGGUUCCCACCCAGAUGUCAAUGUUGUUGAUUUGAUGAGAAAUUAUAUCUCCGAAGAAUUGAGCAAGAUUUCUGGUGUCGAUGAGGCUUUGAUCUUUCCAGCUUUGGAAUGGACCAAUACCUUGGAAAGAGGUGAUUUAUUGAUCCCUGUACCAAGAUUAAGAAUCAAAGGUGCUAAUCCAAAGGAAUUAGCUUUUAAAUGGGCUGAAGAUUUCCCAUGCGGAGAUUUCCUUGAUAGAGUGGAAGCAAAUGGCCCAUUCUUACAGUUUUUCUUCAAGCCACAAUUCUUAUUCAAGGUUGUUGUCCCAGAUGUCUUGGCCAGAAAGGAUGAUUUUGGUUCUUGCAAAUUAGUUGACAACAAGAGAGUUAUUGUUGAGUUUUCUUCACCAAAUAUUGCUAAGCCCUUCCAUGCAGGUCAUUUGAGAUCCACUAUCAUUGGUGGGUUCCUUUCCAAUCUUUAUGAAAAGUUGGGGUGGGAAGUUAUUAGAAUGAAUUAUUUGGGUGAUUGGGGUAAGCAAUUCGGUCUACUAGCUGUCGGUUUCGAAAGAUAUGGUAGUGAAGAAGCCCUAGCUAAGGAUCCAAUCCACCAUUUAUUCGAAGUGUAUGUUAAAAUUAAUAAGGAUAUUGAAGAAGAAGGUGAUUCCUUGCCAAUGGAAGAAUCCACCAACGGUAAAGCUCGUGAGUAUUUCAAGAGAAUGGAAGAUGGUGAUGAAGAAGCUUUGAAAAUAUGGAAGAGAUUCCGUGAAUUGUCCAUUGAGAAGUACAUUGACACAUAUGCUCGUUUGAACAUUAAAUACGAUGUUUACUCAGGUGAAUCUCAAGUUUCCAAGGAAUCCAUGAACAAGGCUUUGGAAAUUUUUAAAGAGAAGGGAUUGACUCAUGAAGAUAAAGGUGCCGUUCUAAUUGAUUUGACCAAAUUCCAAAAGAAACUAGGUAAAGUUAUUGUUCAAAAGUCCGAUGGUACUACCUUAUAUUUGACUAGAGAUGUCGGUGCUGCCAUGGAUCGUUACGAAAAGUACCAUUUCGAUAAAAUGAUCUAUGUUAUUGCCUCUCAACAAGAUUUACAUACUGCUCAAUUUUUCGAAAUCUUGAAGCAAAUGGGUUUCGAAUGGGCAAAUAGAUUACAACAUGUCAAUUUCGGUAUGGUCCAAGGUAUGUCCACCAGAAAGGGUACUGUUGUUUUCUUAGAUAACAUCCUUGAAGAAACUAAGGAAAAGAUGCAUGAAGUUAUGAAGAAGAAUGAAGUUAAAUACUCUCAAAUUGAAAAGCCUGAAGAAGUUGCCGAUUUGGUUGGUAUCUCUGCAGUGAUGAUUCAAGAUAUGCAAUCCAAGCGUAUUAACAAUUACGAAUUUAAAUGGGAAAGAAUGCUUUCCUUUGAAGGUGACACUGGUCCAUACUUACAAUACGCUCAUUCUAGAUUAAGAUCUGUGGAAAGAAAUGCCACUGAUAUUACUCCAGAAAAGAUGCAAAAUGCUGACUUCUCAGUCUUGACUGAACCAGCUGCUAUCUUACUAGUUAGAUUAUUGGGUCAAUAUCCAGAUGUAUUGAGAAAUGCUAUAAAGACCCACGAACCAACAACUGUGGUUACUUAUCUAUUCAAAUUGACCCAUCAAGUUUCUUCUUGUUACGAUGUCUUAUGGGUUGCUGGUCAAACAGAAGAAUUGGCUACUGCUCGUCUAGCUCUAUAUGCUGCUGCAAGACAAGUCUUGUACAACGGUAUGUGUCUAUUAGGGUUGACACCUGUUGAUAGAAUGUAA